GUCAUGGUGGACAUUUUCUUUGCGGUGGACAUGAUUCUCAGUUUUCGAUCCGCUUUCCAAGACCCCAACGGCUUGCUCAACACAGUGCCCUCCGACAUCGCGAGGCACUACAUGAAGACCUACUUCUUGGUGGAUUUUUUUAUCCACCAUGCCCAUCGAUCGGGUAGUGGAGGCAGCGUCGGAGGCCUCCAACUCGACCGUGCUGAGAACCUUUAAGCUCACCCGCUUCGCGCGGCUCUUUCGACUGAUGAAGCUUGCACGCAUGUUGAAGCUCUUUAAGCUGGUUGAGUCUGCAGAGUCCUCGGUGGAAGUGUCGCCGCUGCUGCUGCGAUUGAUGGUUCUGUUUAUGAACGUCUGCUUCCUGGCACAUGUGGUGGCCUGUGCCUGGCAUUGGCUUACCACCUUCCCGAGCCUCCCUGAUGCCUGUGCAUCGGGGCUGCUGGGCUGUUGGGGUGAGAGUUCCUCGUUGACCUGGCUCUCUGCACCUGGGGGAAGCUACGACGUGGAUGAAGACUUCAAGAAGUACGUGGCAGCCAUCUACUGGGUCUUCACCACGAUGACCACGGUGGGCUAUGGCGACUUCUUCCCGAUGAACAACUGGGAACGGGCCUUCGCAGUGGUUGUGAUGAUCAUUGGAGCCACCGUUUUUGGUUACAUCGUCGGCUCGGUGGCUGAGAUGGCGACCCACACGCGGCAGAAUCCCUCGGCACAGCAUAUCUUCACCAUGCGGCAAUACUGCGAGGAGCAUGGCUUUCACCAGAAGGUGAUUCACUCCCUACGGAGACACUAUGAUUUCUGGUUUCAGGAGAUGUCUCACUUUGAAUACGAAGGGGAGAUCCUACAGCGGCUCCCUGUACCUCUGCGGAGGGAAGUGGUGUUGUACAUUCACAGGCAUCUGCUGAGCAGCAAACUCUUGAUCUUCAAGGAUGCGUUGCCUCCGUGGUUGCAAGCGGUCCUCUUGAGACUCCUGGAGCCUCAGGCCUUCACGCCCGGCGAGCUGGUCUUACAGUCACAGGAGGUCACAACUUCCUUGGAUCUCAUCUUCGUCCUCGACCAUUCCUGCGAGGCCUUCCUAGAUGUCACGGGGCGGCCGCUGUCCCACCCAGUGGCGCGGCGACGGCGGAGGAAAAAGGAGGUUCGCGUCCCUUAUGUAGACGAAGCCUAUCAGGUCAUGGAGACCUAUGUCCCUGGUACCAUGUUGGGCUUUGAGCAAUUGCUGGGGGAGGAAGCUUUGCAAUCCUUUGGAUGUCCACCGGAGUGUGCUGUCCGUGCCGAUCUCCGUAGCGGUUGCAAUGCCUUCGCACUGAAGAUCGCCGCCUUGGUUGACACCACCAGGUCGAUGCCCUCGGCCGCCAACAUGCUUUCAGAGCUCAUCAUGUCCUGUAUCUUGACGGAGGGACGACGACGCGUCAAGGAACGGGCGAGCAAUGAAUUUGAUCAGAAGCUAGAGGCCUUUCGCAUCGCCAAACAGAGCUUUACGGCCUCGUUGCCCAUUGGUCUACGGGUGGCAGCCUAUGCAAGUUCCGAGGCUGACAGCUUGUCCCCAUCGAGAAGCAGAGGAGGCACCUCCUUUCAGGUCAGUACGCCCUUGGUUGCGGUGCCUCCGCCGGCUGAGGAACUGCCUAGAUUCCCUGAAGGCAGCACGGGAAUUUCGCAAAAGGCAGAAGGUGAAACGGCACCUGCGGAAGGUGAACGAACACCGCCAGAACCUGGGGAAGGCCACACUGCACCGCCAGACCCUGGGGAAGGUGAACGAACACCGCCAGAACCUGGGGAAGGCCACACUGCACCGCCAGACCCUGGGGAAGGUGAACGAACACCGCCAGAACCUGGGGAAGGCCACACUGCACCGCCAGACCCUGGGGAAGGU